AAAUGAAGCCCAUAUAGCAAGCUAUAAGAAGCUAGCAAUAUGGCCCCGUUUCUAUUUCAAUCCAAUCCAAUCCAAUAAAGAAAAGAAAAAGAUGGUGAUUAUGCAAUUGAGGGCGUUUGCAGUGGUGAUAGUGUUAUGGGCAUUCCCGGCGGGUUCGUCGAUGGAGUGCAGCACGGUGACGGCAUUGGUGUCGUCGUGCUCGAGUUUCGUGACACACGGGUCACCGGAUCCGAUGCCGGGAUCCCCCUGCUGCACGGCCAUGACAACCCUCAACAACGUCGCUGACUCAGGCGACAACCGCCGCAGAGUCUGCCGCUGCUUGAUGGACUUGAUUACCUCUUACAACCCUAACGCCACCGCAAUCGCCACCUUGCCUGGCUUCUGCGGAGUUUCUCUUGGAUUCACCAUUGAUCCUAACACCGACUGCGAAUACGUCGACCAAUUUUCUGAGCUUGGAGGACGAAGGUGAUGGCCAUGCAGAUGCGGUACCACAAAGUUCUCUCAUUUUCUUCCUUGCAAAAAUGGUCUGAAUUUGAAGAUCGAUCGAUCGAGUUUUUCAAUUUUUAGUGAAUUUAAUGUGAGUACCAAUUCAAGUGUUUGCAAUAAAAUAAUGGGCUACAAGUAAGCUGAA